CAGCUGCAGACUAGCGAGUCAGUGCCAGAGAGUCAGUGCCAGAGAGUCAGUCAGUGCUUCAACAGGUGGGUGGGCCUUUGCACCUGAGCCGCUAAUGUAAUGUGGGAUGGGGAGAGUAAUCCCCGAGACUAAGCCCAGGGAGGGGAAGAGGUGUGUGAGUUGCACUGCCAGGUUUUUUGAACAUCUCUGAGCCCCUGUGACUUCCUGAAGGGUGGGAGGAGGAGCAGAGGGAAGAGAAAAACAAGCAAGUCCCCCCUCCUUCUCAUUCCCUCUCUUAUACCAAAGGCACGGUGCGCUGACAGGCUAUGGGCUAUAUGGGGCACAGGCAGGAGGGCAUGGGGGGCUUCCUGAGCUUGGCAUGUGAGCCCUUGCUGGUAUUCACAGUGUGAGCCCUCUCUCCUCUGUUGUGUCUGGGAAUAAGCACAGGUAAAGCCCAGGAGCCACUUGCUGUGGACUGUGGCCCUGACAGCUGUCUGCAUGGGAUGCACAGUGAGCUUUAUCUGCUGUGAAGAGGACCCCAAGCACAUGUCUGCUGAGCACCAUCAUGAGGCCGAAAGCAAGGAGGAAAAAAAGCUGCUGCUUCCUCAGCCUGAAGACCUUGAAGGCCAGAACCUACAUACUUUCAAGGUGAAGACCUUCAAGAAGGUGAAAUCGUGCAGCGUGUGCAAGCAGGCCAUCACCAAAGAGGGCAGUGCAUGCAGGGUUUGCCGAUUGUCAUGCCACAGAAAAUGUGAAGCAAAGAUUACAUCGCCCUGCACUCCUCGUGUCAAUUAUGAGCUGCCAUCAAGCUCAGAAAGUCCCCAGAAGAAUGUAGAAACCACCGGAUCCACCAAAUCCUCCAAAAGCACUCAGUCCCGCCGCAGACCAUCAAGGAGCAUUAGCCUGAUUCACGCCAUGGAGGACAGCUGCGAGUUAGACCUCACUUACAUCACAGAGCGGAUCAUUUCUGUCACCUUCUCCACCGGGACGGAAGAGGCCACCUUCUGCCGAAACCUGAAAGAUGUGGCACACAUGCUAAAGUCCAAACAUGGAGACAAUUAUCUGAUCUUCAACUUGUCCGAAAGGAGACAUGACAUCAACAAACUCCAUUCCAAGGUAUUGGAUUUUGGAUGGCCAGACCUACACGCUCCAGCACUGGAAAAUGUCUGCAGCAUUUGCAAAGCCAUGGACACCUGGCUGAAUGCCAAUCCUCACAAUGUAGUAGUCAUCCAUAACAAAGGCAAUCGAGGGCGGACAGGUGUGGUGAUCGCAGCUUAUAUGCACUAUAGCAACAUAUCUGCCAGUGCAGACCAAGCCUUGGACAGGUUCGCCAUGAGAAGGUUCUAUGAAGACAAAGUCCUUCCGGUAGCACAGCCUUCCCAAAAGAGGUAUAUAAACUACUUCAGUGGGCUACUCUCUGGUGCCAUGAAAAUGAACAGCAAACCUCUCUUCCUGCAUCAUGUCAUCAUGCAUGGGAUCCCCAACUUUGAGUCUAAGGGAGGUUGUCGUCCAUUUCUGAAGAUCUACCAAGCGAUGCAGCCUGUAUACACGUCGGGCAUCUACAAUGUGCAAGGAGACAGCCAGACAAGCAUCUGCAUCACCAUAGAACCGGGGCUCUUACUAAAAGGUGACAUCUUGCUGAAGUGCUACCACAAGAAGUUCCGCAGCCCAACGCGAGAUGUCAUAUUCCGGGUGCAGUUCCAUACAUGUGCUAUCCAUGAUCUUGGGAUCGUGUUUGGGAAGGAGGAUCUGGAUGAAGCUUUUAAAGAUGAACGUUUUCCCGAAUAUGGAAAAGUGGAGUUUGUUUUCUCAUAUGGACCUGAAAAGAUACAAGGCAUGGAGCAACUGGAGAACGGACCCAGCGUCUCUGUCGAUUAUAACACGUCUGAUCCUCUGAUUCGCUGGGACUCGUAUGAUAACGUGCACCGAGAGGAUGGCCUGGAAGAGGCUGGACACACUCAAGGUCCCUUGGAUGGAUGCCUGUACGCCAAGGUGAAGAAGAAAGAUUCCACAAACGGCAGUACCAGCACGGUCAAUGCCAGUGGAAUUCCAUUGUCUGCUACUCCCAAUCACAUUGAACACACCUUGUCUGUAAGCAGCGACUCUGGCAACUCAACGGCUUCAACAAAAACCGACAAGACUGACGAGCAUGGUGCCACAGCAGCUGCCAACCAAGGGUUGACCCCCGAGGAGAAGCAAGAGCUAGAACGACUUCUUAGUGGCUUUGGCUUGGAGACUGAAGGUCAGCUGCACAAUUUAAAUCCGGGUACAUCUGUAGCAGGAGCAAUGCUGCAUGUUGUGCCAGCACAAGUUCACAUCAAUGGGGAAAGAACAUCUCCACAAGUAGAACGAGAGACAGAUAUUCUUGAUGAUGAUCUGCCCAACCACGAUGUUCACAGUGUUGGAAGCUUGGGGACCCUGUCUUCAUGCGAUAUCACUCCAAACAUAAGUGAGAUUGGCUACCAGGAUCCUCACCUUCACAUGUUUUCCUUAACCAAUGGUCCAGCCGCCGUUAAUGGCAUUGAUAACCUGAAAAAGCAUGGUUUUAUUGGUAAAGAGACUAUGAUUGAUGGUGGCUACCCAUAUAGCAACCAGAAUGUCUUAAGAAACUCUACGGAUGUGGGGAUCCAGAUACGACCUUCAGUGUCUGCUCAGGAAAACUUGAUGGCAUAUCAAGUCAACCAGCCCAACUGGGGACAACCUUCUCCAUUAAAUGUAACACAAAAGCACUUAUACUAUUAUGACCCGAAUGGCAUGUACCGUUCGCAGUCUUACACUGCUGCUGAACCAGGGAAAUUUGAAAACAUUUCUCAACUACCGCAAGCACCAGCCCGUAGUGUUAGUAGCAGAGAGGCGGUGCAAAGGGGUCUUAAUUCCUGGCAACAAAGUGGAAGCAGACCCCCAUCCCGUCAACAGGAUGGAACUACUGAGAAUCAAGUUGUUAGUCCUAGCCCAGAGCAGAGCACUUUCCAGACUAUUCCACAGAUCCACAGCAUCCCAGAAUUCCCCAAAAUUGCUUCCCAGAAGGAGAUUGAGCAGUCAAUAGAAGCACUUAAUAUGCUUAUGCUGGACCUGGACCCUAAAUUCUCACAAAUGCACAAGUCUCAGAGUGUGCCUGUUGCCCCUAGAGAAGAAAGAGCUCAGCCAGUUCACGGAUCCUUCUCAGCACAUCCAUCAUUGGGCAUUUAUAGCCAGCCAACUCCACAGGUGGCUACACAAAGGCCUUGCAACACUUAUGUGGCUCCUUGUAUGACGCAGAGCACUGGAUAUUCUCAAAGCCAACCGCACUUGCCAUCUGAACAGGUUUCCAGAACAUAUUCACCUGAGGUGCAUCAUGAUCCAGUUCAGGCUGUUGGAGCAGAAAGAGUUCUGAAUGACCAUAGGGGGCCUUCUGCUGUUGGAACCUUCUCUCCUUAUAGUUAUCAGAACCAACAACCUCCUAUGGCAUUGACAAGAAGCUAUAGCUAUGGAAGUAGUGCUUCACCCUCCUCUGUUCCACCCUUAUCAGCUUAUAUACAGAGCAAUAAUCAGCAACCCAUACUCUCUUCUCCUGCUGCUUUUGCAGUAACGACUCAAUCCCAGUCUCCUUCCAGAGAGCCUGAAGAUGAACAAUACAGUCUGGAAGGGCUGGUAGCUCAAAGAAUUUCUGAGUACAACAUCAAACUCCGGAAUAUCAGUAAAAGCAUGAAUAGUCCCCAUCCCCAUGCUGUUCACCGUCAGCGGUCCUUCACUUUCUCUGGGGUACAUACCUGGGAUAAGACUCCAGAUGAGAUAGGGUCCAUGGCACGAAGGCGCACCACCAGCGAGGGGCAAUAUGAAGACAGACAUGCAGAACUUGGCACUGGGAGUAGCCCCACCAAGGUGCGCUCACCAGUGCGUUGUGUCUCUCCAGAAGUCGCCUUCACAAUCGCAGCAAACCCAGGAGGGAGACCCAAAGAGCCUCAUCUGCACAGUUACAAGGAAGCCUUCGAAGAGAUGGAAAUGACUUCACCAGUGAUCAGCCCAGUGGCCACAGUAGCACGAUCCCCCCCUGGUUUGGCCAAGACCCCCCUGUCUGCCUUGGGACUGAAACCCCACAAUCCUGCUGAUAUAGUGCUCCAGCAUUCAGGAGAGACAGUCAGGGAAACAGUAAUUGGUUACAUGGAAGAGCCAAGGAGUUACGUUGAAUCUGUUGCUCGGACAGCUGCCACAGGAGGAGCUGCGCCCUCGUCACCUAACGGCCCUCAGGCGUAUAGUGUUGAUAGUCUGAUGAGAAAUGGGGGUUACCCCAAUGUUUUCACUUCCCACAGUCCUAUCUCUACCAGCAGCCCUAUACACAGCAUUGAGGGCUCCUUAAGGAGUUACCCUUCGGUGGAGAGCAGCGCUAAUAUCCCCACUCCCACUCAGCCUUCAGCGGAUUCCAGUUUUAGAUCCACCAGUUUAUCACAGCCGUCCCCUCAAAGCAGUUAUCAGAAUGUAUCUCAGAGUCUUAACAUGGUGCCAUAUGCUGGUACUCCUGUCAGUUCCUAUGAUGGAUACAUUUAUUCGCCCAGCAGUACUCUUACACAAACAGAUGGCCUCUCUGGACCACAAAUGAAUUCAGUCAUUGGUCACAUGGUUCACGGAAGCCCUAAGUCUGUUCAUAGAACGCUGGGCACCAACACACCACCAAGUCCAGGUUUGGGAAGGAGAAUCGUCACCCCCAAUAUGGCAACUACACCUGGAAGUCCAAGCAUGAGCAGGCAUCCCCUAGGUACACAUAUCAAUGCACCUGUGACAGCAGGUAGCCCCAGCCUUCCUCUCCAUCAGGUUGUGAUGACAGGUAGUGCUCCUGUGACUCCUGGUAGCCCCAGCAUGGAGAGACAUGUAAUGUAUGGGUAUUCCACACCUGAUGAAAAGUGCCCUACAUUGUCGAGGCAGAGCAGUGCAUCAGGAUAUCAGGCACCACCCACCCCAUGCUUCCCUGUCUCCCCUGCAUAUUACCAUGGAAUGGUCAGCCCUUCCUCUUCAUCUCCUGACUCCACCUUAUACCGGCAAGGAAGCCCAGUCCAACAGCCAUCUCUGCCUGAGAAGAGAAGAAUGUCAUCCGGUGACAGAUCCAACAGCCUUCCCAAUUACUCCACCUACAAUGGAAAAACCUCUUCUCCUAUGUCCAGCGGCAUGUCGAGUCCCAGUGGUGGAAACACAAUGGCAUUUACUCACACACUACCAGAUUUCUCCAAAUUCUCCAUGCCAGACAGCAGUCCGGAGACCCGAGCACACGUGAAGUUUGUGCAGGAUACGUCCAAGUACUGGUACAAACCAGAUAUUUCAAGAGAUCAGGCAAUCUCCUUGCUGAAGGACAAAGACCCAGGAGCAUUUAUCAUACGAGACAGUCAUUCAUUCCGAGGAGCCUACGGACUUGCCAUGAAAGUUGCCACCCCACCUCCUAAUGCUGGCCAGCCCAGCAAGAAAGGAGAUACGACCAAUGAGCUUGUGCGGCACUUUCUGAUUGAGACGAGUCCCAGAGGGGUGAAAUUAAAGGGCUGCCAAAAUGAACCUUAUUUUGGCUGCCUGUCAGCUCUAGUGUACCAGCACUCCAUCACUCCACUUGCACUGCCCUCCAAACUGGUCAUACCCAACAGAGAUCCCUCUGAUGAGACCAAGGAGACGGGUGCUCCGGCUAAUUCAACCUCAGAUUUACUGAAACAGGGUGCAGCCUGCAAUGUGUUAUUCAUAAACUCCAUAGACAUGGAGUCUCUGACCGGCCCACAGGCCAUUGCAAAGACUAUUGUAGAGUCGCUCGCUGCUGACCCACAACCAACUGCUGCUACUGUUCAUUUUAAAGUCUCCGCACAAGGAAUCACUUUAACAGACAACCAGCGGAAAUUAUUUUUCAGAAGACAUUAUCCACUUAACUCAGUCACCUUCUGCGACCUGGACCCGCAAGAGAGAAAGUGGAUGAAGACUGAUGGGACACAAGCCAAACUCUUUGGAUUUGUAGCCAGAAAACAAGGAAGCACAACAGACAAUGUGUGUCACCUGUUUGCCGAGCUGGAUUCAAACCAACCAGCCACUGCCAUUGUCAACUUUGUGUCCAGAGUCAUCGGCCUGCAGAAAAGAUGAGUAACCCUCCUCAAAAUCACUCUUUUUCAAAAAUAAGGACUCCUGAAAGCAGCAAGAGUGAAUGUGCAAUACAGGAGGAGGGGGGAACUGUUCGUCCUCAGAGUGGACAAGCAUUAAAACAAACAAAAAUGACAUUAAAAGAAAAAAAAUUAUGCGAAAGAAGAACUUAUAAUUAUUUUAAACAGCCCCUUCAUCUAUGGAAUUGAAGCAAAAUACACGCAAGCACCAAACUGUUCUUAAAUCCCAUUGACUUCAGAAUCAAUUGAUGGCAGAGUCAUAUAUCUAAGGUGUUAAUUUUGACUGAAAUUUUGCUGUUACUAAACCAUAUAUAUAUACAGCUAUAUAAGUGCAUAAGUACACAUACCUAGCAUACACAAGAUUUAUAAUGACUCGUUAGGAGAGUAUAUUAUUAUUAUAAGGCAAGAUUUUUAUACACCACGUUGGAUGUUUAUAUAUAUAUAUAUAUAUAUAUAUAUAUAUAUAUAUAUAUAAUUUUUUUCUUCCAUUGUGGCAAAUGGAGGGUCGGAUUGGAUCAUGAAUGAUGUCUGCGUUUUUAGGGAACAUUUUUGAUUUUGCAUUGGAGCCUAAAACCCCACUUUGUCUGAUGUAUGAGAUACAACAUCUGUUGUGAUACCUAGUUUUCAGAUGGAAAUUGUUGCAUCCUGGAGGGUUUAGUGGUGACAACUACUGGUCAAACAGAGUAUUGCAACAGUCAGUGGUGGGGCAAUGGCUUUGCACAAGUUCUUCCCUAAGAAGACAGUAUAUCACAAUUUGAGGUGGGCAAGCUGACCCAGUUUUGCAUGUGCCUUUAGCAGCUUUAAUGCAAUACACUUGAAUGAACUUAUUUCAGAUUGGUUUUGGGUUGGGUACUGGUUGGUGCUGCUUUUGCCCCUAUGUUGACAGAGGAUCCCUAUAAUGCAAGCUUCUCAGCCAGUAGUGAACUAUAACUCCCAAUAUCAGACUUUGGCUUUAGGGGAUGCUGGGCAUUGAAGCUUAAAUAAGAGCUGAGCAUUGCACCAUCAUUCACCUUCAGUACAAGUCAUAAGGAGUGUAGUACAGGUAGAGGCCAAUUAGGCGCAAGGUUAAAUUGUAUACUGUCUUGCUGUUUUGUAUCUCUGCAAGCUCAAUACCCAUAUGCCCGCUGUGCUGUAAGCUGCCUAAAGCUUAACUUCUGCUGAUGGUGUGGCCUGGGUCCAUUGCAAGAUUCCAUGUAAUGCUGGGCCACCAUCAAAGUAGAGACACAAAAUGUCAGAAAUCGGGAAUGGCCAAAAUAACAACCUUCUUCAAGGGCCCCUCUGAUUUAGGUUUUCUCUUUAAAGGGACCUUUCCGAUAUUAGGCCCCCAACCCAGCCUGAAACCAUCCCAUAAUAUGUAUGAACUUGUAGGCCUAUUCAUUACUCAGCUCAUUUGCAUACUUUAGAAAAUCUUGGCUUUAGCUUCUCCCUUGGUCUAUAGAUGGUCUGAGCAAGUGAGAAGGAGAAGGGGCGUACUUGAGUGUGUAUAGUGUUUGUAUAACAGGAAGAUACCAAACAUUUCUGGGGGUAUUAUAACUACCCUGCCAUAGCCCCAUUACUCCCAUUUCUCUUGAGCAUUACAUUAAUCCACCCAGGGAUUCUUGGAACUUUCCAUAAACCUUUGUGAGUGCCUUUCUGGUUUCAUGGCCGGGAGAUGAUAAUUACUUUACAAUGAUGUGUUUUCCAUUGGGCUAUGGCACGGGCAAAAGGGACCCUAUAGGUAGGCCCUUUGGCUGCAGAAAUGCUGGCCUGGUCUUUUUAGUAGCAAAAAGUGAGGUGUGGUGGAAAUCCUGCAAUGUUGCAAUGAGUGCUGGAUUCAUGUGAUACAGAAAGGAGAGGAUGGUGUAAAUGUAGCAGCUUUGGACUUAUUGUAGCAUCAAGAAAUGAACUAGGUUGUGCUGCUAAGGGAGGAGUCAGAUGUUUCUAUGCAAAGUGACAGCUAAUCAUUGACUUAUUCUCGCUAAGGGAGCCGAGCCACAGAUUGUUCAUCCCACUCCCAAUUGGGGUUGUAGGAUACAAACAUCUAUAUCAUUUACAGUGGCAGUUAAUGGUGACUUCCUACUGUUGCAUGUGGACUUCAUAUCAAAUUCUGUAACACUUAUCCCUAUUAGACUGUUCAUACUAGAAACUUCAGUUUAGAUGUACUGAAUAUACUUGCCAAGGUUUAAGUCACGGCCAUUUCAUAUCCCAUGGAGGCUCCCCUACAUGCUGUAUCCUGUGGAUUCUUCCUACACAUAUGAAACCAUACUGUAUCCUAUUCAGGCUCCCCAUACGUACUGUAUAUACAUAUGGAGCUAUUCUGUAUCCUGUGAUACAUGUGUGUGUAUGUAUGUAUGUAUGUAUGUAUAUAUAUAUAUAUAUAUAUAUAUAUAUAUAUAUAUAUAUAUAUAUAUUUAUAUAUAUACACUAGGUCAAUGCACCCAGAACACAAAAUGAAUGCCUAGGUGCUGGGACUUAAACAUAAAUGAUAACAAAUCAACAAAUGGUCCGCACGCAUAGGUCUUACUUGAAAAAAUCGGUGUUAUUUAUUCCAUAAUAAAUAACACCGUUUUUUCAAGUAAGACCUAUGCAUGCGGACCAUUUGUUGAUUUGUUAUAUAUAUAUACACAUAUACACACACACACACACUAUCUCUAUAGUGUGCCUAUACUGGGCAUUUUUUUUUUUUGCUCUGCCACACUGCAUAUACUGUAACUGCUACUGCCUAUAUGGGUCCCUAUAAAGAUGGACCCCCCCCCCCUCACUACAGACUGCUCUGAGCUAAAUGCAAAGCCAAUGCAUUUGCCAUCCAGCCUAGGACUUUUGGAUAAUGGAGUGAGCGACGGAUAAUGUUGGAUCACUGUGUUCUGAUUACUUUGUGUUUUUGGCUUUGAGCACUUGAGAUAUUCACACGCAUGUGUGCGCACACUCACAGUUACAUGGAAAUGGCACAGAUCAAUGGAUGACGGGAGGGGUUAGAAGGAGUCACAUUUGAGCACGCCAUCUGCUGGCUUAUCCCAGGUACUCCCAACCUUCAUUCUUGCUAUUGUUUUUAAUGACAACGCCAGGCAUCCACUGUGAGAUACUUGGAGUGGCAGUUCAAUGUUCCCUUCUUACAGAAAAAAACUGGGUUAAACAAGCUUUUGCCUUAAAUAGUUAAUUGCCUCAGACAACACCUUAAUGCAGAGGCCAAUAGCCAUAGGAACCAAUAAUGCACUUUCCCUGUGUACUGCACAUUAAGCACUUGGGAAUCUUCAUAUGUUCUUGUUAGACUUAGAGACAUUCUAUCCCGGAUGCACCCGAAUCGUCAGAUAGACGUGCCUCAUUGAAAUUCAAGGUUAGAACUCACUGAAUGUAGGAGCCUAAAAUAACCAUCAUAAGUAACAGCUGCUCCUCAAAAUUAAUUAACCAAGAGUUUUGGGCUUAUGGCUGCCAGGUUGACUAGUAUGGGAUAUAUGCCAAAGGGAAUCCUAGAACUGUAUGUGUUAUUUUGAUCAACCGAUAUCUCUGCAAACUGUCUCAGGUAUCCCAUUUUAGAUUGUAAGCUCUUUGAGCAGGGACAGUGCUUCUCAAUUUCAGUGUGAAAAGAAUUGGUCUGUAAUGCUAACUAAUGGUUAAGUCUGGUUAAGAUUAAACCUGGACUGCAAGUUCCUCCAAGAAUUUA